AGGUUCUUCACCGACACCUACAGUUAUUACGCAAGGGAGGCCAUUAUAUCACACUAUUGCUCCUGGUAUGAAUGUCGCGAUCCAGGGAGGGAGUUCUGGCCCAUCCCCCCCUCAAUUUAUAAGAUCCCCAAAGUCAAGCGCUCCGUGAAAUUUUGAUGCCUAACCUCCAUAACAUCGAUGUUAGCAAUUAUUCUGAAAUCCCUGACGUAAUUCUUGGUCCCUUGAUGCUCCGCUUCGAGGAUAUUUCCAAUGACCACUCGACGAAUAGCAAGAGGGAAUGGUUGGAGAUGAUCCCUCCGAAGCUACGAUUAUCUUCCGUCGAGGAAACACUCUGCCUCGCUCGAUCUGUUUUCAUGCACAAGCCUUCCACAAGAUAUGAUGACCCUGUGUACGGUCAAAGGUAUCCUAAUCUCGGGCAUUUUUUUCUGCAGUGGCAAUGGGACGAUUUGGGAUCACGUAUCCUGAUCAGCAUCAUGGCAUCAGCUGGGUACAAUUCUGAGACCAUGACGUUUACACAGCUGCUGGAGGAAAACAUCCAUGUCGAAUGUGUCACCUGCACUCUAGCUGGGAGUGCCACAAUAUUGGAAGCCGCUAAAGCGGUGCACCACGGGCAUAAUUGCUUCCGCCGUUUUCUCUAUGGCGGUGAAGAGCCAAGAUUCCGCGUUCUGGAGGGUAUGGAACUUGAAUCGGCUAGAGCAUCGAGUACAGUGAAUGGACAGUGGGAAUGCUUGCUUUGCAAACCUUGUGUCACAGAUUCGGAAGACAUGAUUCUUGAGCACAUUGCAUCUGCGCAUCCUAACGCACGUCCUGAUUUACAAUAUUGCUACAAAGGACCAAACCAUCAAACUCCGAGGAAGCCUAUUCCGGUACGCCUGGCUUUGGAAGGUCGAUGACCAGCUGUUGAUGAUUAACGGUCCUGGGUCCCAGCGUCAUAUU